GAGCCAUUGUAUUAUAGAAGUGAAAAUGUACGCCAUGGCGAGACGAGGAAAAAAGGUAAGUAAUCCAGCUGGAGAGAGUUCAACACACGGAUUCAAACUAUGAGGAUUUCCCGAUUUGGUGCAUGAUCGAAUGACUAAGCAGUUUUUUAGUUCACUUUGCAUCUUCUUGGACGCGUCGUGAACGCCUCUUCGACUUGCUGUGGAUCUACUCGCACAUUGUUUCGCUUUCAAACAAUUCUUCGCUAUCGUUUCUGGCCAUUUGCGCUUUCCAAUAGGGUUUUAUUUUGAUUUUUAGGAGCUAAUUUACUUCAAACCGAAGGCUUAUGCUUGCAUGUCGAAAUGCAUCUCGCAAACUAUUAAACCGUUCGCACAUCCGACUCCCUGAUGUCCUUAGAAUCAUCCGCCAAUUCUCCUCUACCCAUUCCAAGAAUGAAAACUUCGAGAAGGUGGAAUUAUCAUCGUCUUCAGCACCGUUGACCAGUCUGAAGCGAACUGCUCCGACUGAAGAUGCUCGCUUGCCCCAAUCUGCUUCGCGUUGCGAGGUCUUUGGUUCCCAGAACCCUUGGAUGGACACCGCGCUGAGAAGCGUUCGUGUCCCUACGGAUAUUAAAUCUGCGACUUCGGGCUCUCGGUCCAAUCACGAACGACAAUAUACCACACACUCCAAAUCUGUGGACGCCGGCAUUGAUUUCCCUUCUGACCUCUCACCUGACGAGAUAGACGAGGUUUUCAAUGAGUUUGCCAUCCCGGUCAAGGAUGAUUUGGCUACGACGGAUCCCUCAGGUUCCUCUGAAACCGCUAAUUACGUCGGGAGCCUCCUCACACGGGAAUACGAAUCACAUACCCAAAAGCAAAGAAGAGUUGGUUUGGUAGAGACUGCGGGGAUGGAAGUUGAAUCAUUGACAGGUCAUGACAAGAUGACAUCUGUGGAACGAUCCUACGAAGACAGUUAUUCUGAAGUACUCUGGCGGCAGGAGCUCUAUGAGCUCUCCGAGGAAGAAAUCAGACACGCACAACAGGGAGUCGUUCAGGAUCUGGAGUGGCGAUCUGUUGCCGCGGAACAUUACUUACCCCCGAGCAAUGCCAUCCCCACUGAAAACCAAGCAAGCCGGUCAGAGGAACAUCACGUUGAUGGUCAACCCAUUGCAACGGAGCCACGGUACGAAUGGCCGCAGACAACUUGGAACGAGAAUUGGGGUGAAGACACCCUCGUUCCAAGGGUCCUUACGUCCUCCACGAUGGAAUCGGGUUUGCCUGAGUCCUUGCUUUUACCCUCAUACGCUAGCAACGGCAGCCCAGAAAUAUUACUUGAGCGUCCUCCCCAUGAAGUCAGCCCAUAUCGAGAGACUGUGAAAAUCUUGGACGGCUUGCCACAUCCUACGCAGCACUUUGCCAGGGUUGUGCAGGGUUCUUUGGCUCCUCGGUCUUCAAAAAAAGAACUCAUAACAGAUUUGGUGUCACCAUCACGUCAACGACCUAUUGCGAAGUUAGCACACGGAUUGGAUCGUGUUCUUUUUAAUCCUGGUGUUCAUUGGUUGCAAGAUCCUCGGUCAAGAGUAUACAAUUUCACACCGAGGCUUAAGUCUAUUCCGAAGGUGGAGGAGUUCGCAUUUGACCGUGUUACGGGAUUCAUCAAGAGUUCCAGUGACAAGGACCUUUGGACUUUAGCGAAGCGGGAGAAGUGCAGAUUUGUUGGUUCGACUUCAUCCUUAACGGGGUUGCUCUCCCAUAUCUACUUCCUGCUCUCGAGCAUGAAGCCACCGAAAAUGGGUCGCAUGACACAGUCUUUCAUGAGUCAAUCCAAGCGCUUUGCCAUGACAGAUCAGACUUUCAGCUUUGGCCAACGUCUUCCCGUUUCUAUCGUGCUGAAUUUCAAAGAUGGGGUGUAUGCAACGGAUCAUGACCCAUCAGAUCCUGGCAUGUCCGAAAGGAAUAUCUUGACUUGGAUGGGCACUCUUUUAGAGAAGUUUCUGACUACUUCCGAAGAAGAGUUUGAACCCCUGCUACGCAAGAAUCCACCCCAGCCUGGCCCUGUAGAUCACCGGCGAGAAGCAUAUCGCUACGCAAAGUUUGGAAAGUAUGUCAUGCGUUCACAAUUGGAUGCUCAAGAUUCGCGAUUACCCGGCACUGGUGUAUUCGACUUGAAGACAAGAGCUGCCUUACCCAUCCGUCUGGACUUGUUCAAUUAUGAGAAAAACUCCGGGUACUUAAUUCGUCACCUCCAUGGACCUUUCGAAAGUUUCGAACGAGAGUAUUUCGAUCUCAUUCGUUCUGCGUUCCUUAAGUAUAGCUUCCAAGCACGCAUCGGGAACAUGGAUGGUAUCUUCGCUGCCUAUCACAACACGGCUCAAAUAUUCGGGUUCCAAUAUAUUCCUCUGGAUGAGAUGGACGAAGCGUUGUACGGCCACAAAGACGUCGGCAAAGCAAUCUUCGAGAAAUGUCUUGGUUUGCUCGAGGUCAUUUCGGACGAGAUUACGCAUUAUUUUCCCAAUCAGACGGUCAUGUGUUUGUGGGACACCGAAGACGAUGGCCAUGUGACACAUGUCUGGGUUGAACCCAAAAAUUGGAACGUCGAAGAUGGAGCUCGACCUAUAGUUCAGUUAGACAUCACCGCCUCGAACUACUUGGAUGGCAGACAAGUAUUCGGACACGAUCUUCCUGGCAUGUUAGAGGACAAGAAAUGGACUGUGGAAUGGAAAAUCCGAAACGUCGAUAUGGACCCAAGGAAGAUCCAUCAAAACAAGCAGGCAGUCAAGGAGAAACAGGCAACAUACUGGAGUCUUCCCGAGGGUGUGAACCAGGAACAGAUGGCCAAGAUGUGGGCUGGCUUGAACUUCGGUGGGAGCACCACGAUACCCACGACGUUCAAUGCUGCCCGGUUCAGACCCGCAGAUCCCUUCGUCAAACACCUUCGCUCAUUGGCCAAGCGUGGCAAAGAGCAUACCGCCCGCCUAGCUCGGGAAGAAGCUGGUAAACCCCAGAUUAUCUGGGGCGACCCGGAGGAUGCUGCCCAAGAUGUGACGGAAACUCCAGGCUUUGCACCCGACGAGGCACCAAGCGUCGACCCUUCUGAAGUCCUCGCUGCUACGGAGGAGGGCGACGUGGAUUCACUCGAAGCUGCUCGGCUUCAACGGAAGAAGGAAAAGAAGCUGGCGAAGAAAAAAGCCAAGAAAGCACUUUUGCGUGCAGGACUGGUAGAUUUGAAGAAACAAGCCUAUGAAGGGAAUGCUGUGCGCACGAAAGCGCAGAAGGUUGCGAACAACGCGAUCCAGCAGGCUAUGAUGUGCAUUUACGACGGCGACAUGCCCUUGUUGCGAAAGAGAAUGCGCACGCCGCCACUACAUAUGCCACCACUACCCUUCCAGCAAGGUGGUUGGCUUAAAAGUAGGAAAUCCGAACCUGUUGUACCAGGCGACGUAACACAACCUGUCCCGACAACGAGUCUUUAGGAUCUCCUCUUGCUACCAUUAAUACUGCAUCUAAUCAUACCCCGAGAUAUUUUACAUCACAAUUAGAGGGAGUUUCGGCACACGGGCCUUCAAUAUGUAAAUCCAACGGAUACCACCACAGCCCAUCAACAACUUGAAUAAGACAGCCCUUAAUCCUCGCCUGGAACCUUGCGACCGAGAGAAGGCCCGGCAUCUCCUUCAACUUCAGUUUCGGGGUCAUCGUCCCCGUCGACGGCGCCUUGUUCUCUACGAUCUUCUCUCUCGACUUGCUCACGGAGAUUGGCCACAUCCUGAUCGACCUUGGCGGCCACCCUGUCGAUACCAGCCUGCGCGAGCGAUACCCUUGCACGAUGAGUAGCCAGAUGUGCAGAGCGCCGGGGAGGACGCUUAAGCCUACGUCGGGCGACCUGGCGUUCGAAUAAUUAGUGGAACUGACAAUACAAUAGAUCAAGGAUGAUAGAUGACGUGCCAUGACAGGAACGGAGCAUUUCUGCAGAAUAUGAUAUCAGCUCGGUUAGUUGGUCAGAUGAUGGCAGGUGCUUACCUGGAUGAGGUAGUGGGACGUGGAGCCCAGUAGAAUACUAUACAUACGCAUACAUGAGGUUUAAAUAGAAACAAAUUGGGG